AUGGCAGAACCCAUCUGUUUCGCGAAGGGGGCGCUGGUGGUGCCGAAUUGCCCCAUUAUCCCCUACAUUGAGGGCGACGGCAUUGGCAAGGAGAUCACGAAGGUGGCGCACCGCGUCUUUGAUGCAGCGGUGGCGAAGGAGUAUGGGACCACCCGGACGAUUUCGUGGUUAGAGGUGCUCGCAGGGGAGAAAGCGUUCGAGCAGAAGGGCACCUGGCUGCCGGAGGAGACCAUCGAGGCAUUUGACAAGCACCACGUUGGCAUGAAGGGCCCGCUAACGACGCCGGUUGGUGAGGGGAUCCGCUCGCUCAACGUGGUGCUGCGCCGGCGGCUGGACUUGUUCGUGUGCCAGCGCCCCGUGCGAUGGUUCACCGGUGUCGGAUCGCCGAUCCGUCACCCAGAGUGGGUGGACAUGGUUGUGUUCCGCGAGAACACGGAGGACAUAUACUCUGGCGUUGAGUGGGGCCAGGGCACCCCCGAGUCUGCAAAAUUUGCAGACUUCCUGAAGAAGGAGAUGGGUGUGACGACGGUGCGCUUCCCUGAGACGAGCGCGUACGGUGUGAAGCCGGUUUCGCUUGAGGGAAGUGAGCGACUGGUGCGUGCAGCGGUGCAGUACGCUAUUGAUCACCAUCUUCCCUCUGUCACGCUGGUGCACAAGGGCAACAUCAUGAAGUUCACAGAGGGUGCCUUCAAGAAGUGGGGCUACGCCUUGGCCGAGCGUGAGUUCCCCGAGGACGUCUUUACAAUGACGCAGUACGACGCCAUCAAGGAGAAAGGUGGGAGGGAGGCGGCUGAGACGGCGCUGCGAGAGGCGAUGAACAGCGGCAAAGUAGUCAUCAAGGACUGCAUCUGUGACGCCUUUCUGCAGAACACGAUUCUUCGCCCAUUAGACUAUAGCGUGAUUGCCACCAUGAACCUGAACGGCGAUUACGUGUCCGAUCAGCUGGCCGCGCUUGUCGGUGGCAUCGGCAUCGCGCCAGGCGCGAACAUCAACUAUGUGACCGGCCAUGCUAUUUUCGAGGCGACGCAUGGGACGGCGCCGGAUAUUGCCGGGCAAGGCAAAGCGAACCCGUCCUCGCUCAUCCUGUCCGGGGCUAUGAUGUUUGACUACAUGGGCUGGUCCGAGGUGUCGGCGCGCAUCAUCAACGCGCUUGAGAUGGUCUUUCAGGCAAACAUGGCAACCGUCGAUCUUGCGCGGCAGAUGACCGGCGCCAAGGUACUCUCGACAGCUGAAUUCGGGGAGGCCAUCAUCAAGAAGAUCAACGGCGACGAGGUGUAG